AAACUUCAGCUACCAAAUAUAUUUCUUUUUAUUUAUUAAUUUAUCAUUCCUUAAGAGUUAAGAAAAAGAUGCUACUAUUAAUUUAUCCUGUAAGAAUAGCUCUGGUCAAAUUCUCUUAUUAUUUUCAACAAAAUUCGUUGGCUGAAUAUCUAAUUAUUUAUUUAUUUCAACAAAAAACUACAUUGAAAAUUUCAACACAUUGAACUUUCAAUAUCAUCACCGCCUACAUAAUGAAUCUUCUUAGCUCUCCCAAUCCCAUUCUUGGUACAACAGUAUCAUUGCAUUCCUUCAAACCCAAAGCUAUUAACAAAGACAACCACAAACACAAUUACAUCCACAAUUCUUGUAUUAUGAUGCACAAACGAGUUAACUCAGAAGCACCCAACAAACUCAGCACCACCACUGAGUUAGAUGAGCACUUGCUGGAACCCAUCACCAAACCAUGCUUAUGUGGAAGAAGACACUUCAUUGAAGGUGCUGCAACUGCUACACUCACAACCACUCAGUUCCCUAUUCAGCCUGCCACAGCCACAAAUUCUGAUUCUGAUUACACAGCUUUGGUUAACAAGUUUCACCCACCUAAACCUGAUUGGUAUCAAAAGUUUUAUGCUUGGGUUCUGAGUUCAUUUACUAAAUCCUAUGAAGCUGAGGUUGCUAGGUACAAGUCUCAAAUCUUUAGUAACUUAAAGGAGAAGAAAGCUAACAAAAUCUUGGAGAUUGGCAUUGGAACUGGUCCUAACCUCAGUUAUUAUGGUAGCAAUCCCGAUGUGCAGGUUGUUGGCAUUGAUCCUAAUCCGGAGAUGGAGAAGUAUGCUCGAUCUUCUGCUGCAUCAGCUGGACUUCCACUCUCAAAUUUUGAGUUUAUACAUGCUGUCGGGGAGGUUAUACCGUUGAGCGAUAAUUCAGUCGAUGCAGUUGUUGGAACACUUGUAUUGUGUUCUGUUAAAGAUGUUGAUAUGACAUUGAAAGAAGUGAGAAGGGUGCUCCGACCUGGUGGUGUAUAUCUGUUUGUGGAACAUGUAGCUGCAAAAGAUGGAACAUUUCUCCGAUUAUUACAGAGAAUUCUCGAUCCUCUGCAACAGACACUUGCAGAUGGGUGUCAUCUUUCUAGGGAUACAGGAGACAGCAUAACAAGAGCUGGAUUUUCAAGUGUUGAGCUUGACAUAGCAUUCUUAUCAAAUGCAUCAUUUGUAAAUCCUCAUGUAUAUGGAAUAGCUUACCAGUAGAAUCAAAAGCAUGUCUUUGAUCCUCUUAGCUAGCAAGCCGGUUCGGUCUUCGAAUGGAUUAUGAAUAAUCACUCUCAGACUCAGUCUCACACUGUUAAAGUAUAUUCUUUCAUCACUUUAUUUUGACAUAAAACUUUCGUAGGGCAUGUUUGUGUUACUUCAUGUUGGGGGGUAUGUUUUGUAAAUGAUCAGGUGUAUAGUAGAAAAUAAAAAACAAAUAAACAGAACCAUCUUGAACUUUGAUGUGAUUGUAACUAUAUUAAACACACACCAUUUUUUUUAUACUUAUGAUCUUGUUAUGUACACCUUCUUGUUUCUAUUUAUCUCAAUGUUGUGUUGUAGGCUAAGUUUGAUUUGGUGUAUCCUAUUUAAGCUUUUAAGUUGUGUUCAUGUGUGAAUCUUAUGAUCUUAUCGAAUUUUUUUCGUUAUCAUCU